CAGUGGUUGCUAUUUUCCAAGCUGUGUUCUAGAUUAUUAUUUUUUAAGUUUUACUAAGGUCUAGAGGCUGCGUCUUACUUGUUUUACAAACGAGAACACAAAGAUUCAGAAGAGAUUUGUCCAAAGUCACACACUGGAGCCAGGUUCAAACCCAGUUAUUGUUUAACUUUAAAAUCCAUACUUUUAAGGAUUUGGCUACACCGCAUGUGCAAAUGUCCUAUCUAGUUAAAAUGUGAGCAGCCGUCCUCCCCUUAGAAAAAUAGAACACACGGCCUCAACCUGAAUGGGAACCGACAGAACGCCAGCAACGCUUCCCUGCGGAGCGUUGGCCCUUACGUCAUCACCCGGCGCGACCGUCAUCACCCUGCGCGGCCGCUUCUCGCGCACCACGUGCUAGGCGGUAUCGCAGAUAGGGGGUCUCCAGCCGGGGGCGUGCCUUGUUCGUGGCGCAAGAUGGCGCUUCCCUUAGCACGAUCGUUGCGCUUGUGCCUCUGGGGAGCCAAACGAUUGGGUCUUGGCGCCGCAGAAGCACGGAGAGGCAUCAGUUUCAAACUGGAAGAAAAGACCGCCCACAGCAGCCUGGCUCUCUUCAGAGGUGACACAGGUGUCAAAUAUGGUUUGGUGGGAUUGGAACCCACCCAGGUGGCCCUGAAUGUGGAGCGGUUCCGGGAGUGGGCAGUGGUACUGGCAGACACAGCGGUCACCAAUGGCAGACACUACUGGGAAGUGACAGUGAAGCGCUCCCAGCAAUUCCGAAUAGGAGUGGCAGAUGUGGACAUGUCCCGGGAUAGCUGCAUCGGUGUUGACGAUCGUUCCUGGGUAUUCACCUAUGCCCAGCGCAAGUGGCACACCAUGUUGGCCAACGAGAAAGCCCCAGUUGAGGGUAUUGGGCAGCCAGAGAAGGUGGGGCUGCUGCUGGAGUAUGAGGCCCAGAAGCUGAGCCUGGUGGAUGUGAGCAAGGUCUCUGUGGUCCAUACGCUACAGACAAAUUUCCGGGGUCCAGUGGUGCCUGCCUUUGCUCUUUGGGAUGGAGAGCUGUUGACCCACUCAGGGCUUGAGGUGCCUGAGAGCCUCUAGUGUGUCCAUUACCCGAGUCCCUAAUCAUGCGCUUUGCUCUUGGCCAGCCUCCAGCUUGAAAGAGUCUGAAGCCUUUUUACUUUGCCCCAAUCAAUCACCAGUUCCCACAAUUCAGUGGUGGGUUCUUUGUGCAAUAUCUUAGUCAUCUUCCUCUCUCCCAUACUCUGUGAAAGCUACAGCCAACCCACAUCCCCACUCAAACUACUUUUAAUUUCUUAGGCUCCCGUGGGUAUAUGUUCCCCAACUUGCCUCCUUCGUUUGCUCUGGCUACUUGUACCCAGGCCUUUCUCAGACUGUUCAGUUCUGGAGUCUUUUAGCUUUGUCUGAAUUUAUUCAUCACUGACACUUCCUCCCUUUACCCACAUGUGACUUCUUUUUGUUCUUGGGGCUCUAACAAAUCUUUCCAGAGUAAAUCCUACCUCUGGCGGGAGGAGUGGUACAGUCAGUGACUUGGCCCUUUAGCAACAGCAUUGAGUCUGGGCGCUGGCUCUUUCAGUAAGUGCUUUAUUGACUCGGUUUGUCAGAGUGAGAACAGAACCCUCCUUCUCCAGUACCUCAGUGCCGCAGACCCUCACCCCACACAGCUGCAGCUGUUCUUCCACCGAGUCCAUGCCCCUUAAUCUGUACAUCUCUGAAAUUAGCCAGUCAGUCAUAAUAAUCGUGCCAGUUAUAACGAUGACCAAAGGGGAAGACAGCCCUUUGGGGAUGUAUAGUGGGUUAAUGCUAGAAACUUUAUUCUUGAGAAGUUCUAUCUUCAUUUCUCCAGAAGACGGAGGGAAGCCUAGAGUUUUGCACAAUCCAUUGUUGGGCCUGUUGAGACCCAAAUCCUUGCUC